AUGACUACUCUAUUCCCUUUGUUCUCUCUUCCAUAUGUACCUCUUAAACAAAUUCUGGAUAACUUUAGAGCCCAGGGAAUAUUGUAUCUCUCCAUGUGCUCUCAGAGGGCUAAAAGUGUCGCUGUAUCAUACAGAGGCCCUUCAAAAAAUGUUAAAUUGACUCUUCAAUUUGGUGAUUGGAACUGUCUGUCAUGUAUGGAAGGAGAUGAUUUAUAUUGUCUUCUAAGUGCCGAAAAUCGAUCGGAUCUGUCUUCUAUAGAGGCUACUGUAAAAAUUGGAAAUUUUUGUGACAUUCCCGUUGAAGUGGGAAAAUUUGGUUUAAACACAUAUUGGGAGGAUCGGAUGACUGGAAUAGCUGAAGUAGGAGAUUAUGCUUGUGAAGUUUUCAAUCAGGAUAUUUAUAGAGUGGUGAUUCGGGGUAAACAAGCAGGUGAUUAUUCUGGACGGGCGGCCGAGUGGGUUUCAAAAUCUCAAAAGUCCAUUCAACAUCUGCAUUGUGUUUCACUAGAAAAGGAUUACGACCUCGAUUUUGUUCUGGAAAAUUUCAACUACAUCAAAAAACUGUCACUUAAUCUGAAUCCGCCGUCCACCUAUUGUCCUGCAAAACCUCCAAAUUUCCGCGUUGAUGUUCUUUAUCUUUAUGUCAGUUUUUGGAUUAAACUGUGUCAUUUAUUAGCAAUGGAUUGCAAAAUUAUUCAGUUAAGAGACUCAAAAUUGAGCAGCCGAGACUUGAAUGUAUUCUUAAAACAUUGGAUGGCUGGAGGGUGUUCUAAAUUGAAACUGUUGCAUGUUUCUGUCAAGGAACCAAUUGAUUAUGCAGUUGUUGAAGUAGGCAAACAGCAGACUAUACGAGGCGGUUCUGAUAUCAAACGAUCAAGUGAUAAUGUUACAGCGACUAUAAUAAACGGCGGUAACCACUCAAAAGGUUUUUGGAUGAUUGUCUGGCCAGAUUUCGCUGGAAAUUCCUACUGA